AUGGGCAGCGGUCUAGGCUGGCAUAUUGCGUUGGGUCAAGAGGAUCCCAAGAUGGCCAUAAGGAUGCAACUGAAGCGUCCACAGAGAGAUGCGGGCGGGAGGUUAGCUGAGACGGGAUAUAGACAGCGACCGCAGGAGUUAAUCGAUCGAUGGAUUGGGAUGUUUUGGAGGUCACUGGACAAACCCUGUGGCUGGUGGCAGCUGGGCGGUGGCGGGCGGUGGACGAGUACCUGUGGUUGGGUGGUGGAAGGCUGGGCUGCCAGGUACCAGUCCAUAGACUCCGUAUCGCGUUGCCAUGUCAAUAAAAGCCUGCAUACGCUGAAAGCCGCCAAAACUCUCGCAACCCGCAACACCAGCCUCCUCAACCGCACGCACCUAACGACCCUAUCCCUCCACCUCAUCUACUUGCUCCUCCACUUCCUCUUCAACCGCCCCCGCUCCCUAACCCUCUACCUCAUUUUCACAACUCCAACCCUCGCCAUAGAAUUCUACCUCGAGCGCCUGGGUCGCCCGCGCUAUAAAACUCCUGGUGCUGGGGCCGGCGGCGGAUCCACCCUUCGCUCUGCUGGUGAAAACCUAGACGCACCUGGUCUCACAGAGUAUUUUUGGGAUGUAAUGUAUUGGACGUGGGGGUGUAUGGGGGCUGUUUGUGUCUUUGGUGACCGCGCGUGGUGGUUGUGGGUGAUUGUACCGUUGUACUCGGCGUGGUUGCUCUAUUCGACAUUUGCUGGGUUUAAAGGGGGUAUGGCGGGCAUGGCGGGGUUGGGGGAGGGUGCUACGGGUGGCGAGGGCACGGAGAGCAAGAGACAGAAGAAGAUGGAGAAGAGGGGAGGGGCGCAAAGGGUUAGGUAUCGGUGA